CACAUUUCGAUGUUCUAGUUGAUCUGAUUUCUAUCAGCUGCUGGGGAAGGUGUGCUUUGUAUCUGCUCUACUGCAGAGUUUUUUUUUGUUUGGGCUAUAAGGGGAUUUAUGACCUAAUACAAAAAUAGAAAUAGCAAAGCUAAAUAAAAGGGUACGGAAGUCUCACUGACAAAGAUCAAACUCGAGACCUCAUGGUUCGGGACACGAAUUGUGCCACUGCACCAAAUCCCCUUGUCUGCUGCUGAGUUUUAAUCAUCCUCAAGGAGGAAUUGAUCACUGAUGGGUGUUGAGAAAUUUCCACUUUGGGAAGUAGUUCAAUUUCUCAGAGAGAGUUUAGGCCGAAAAUGAAUCUUGUGUCAAUUAAGGGAUGGGACCUAACCUAUAGGCGGACUUUACCACCAUAUUUCUGCAAGAUCGGAAAUACCUGAAAACACAUCGUAAACUGGACAAGCGUAAAUAUAUAUGGAUUUGGAGGGACAUGAAGAGAGGGUGGGGCGCGAGCCUCAAUGGUCGGUGGUGGCCGCCGGCGUGGCCAUCCACUGCUCCUUCCUCACCGUCCAAGUUCCUUGUCUCUAUUUUGUUUUUUAUUUUUUAUGAUUUUCGUAAAUUAUUUCAAUAAAUAACUAAUUUUUUUGCUGAGUGAGAGGAAAUUUUUGUAUGGGAGUUUAAGUGAACAAAAGGUGUCACAUUUACGAUAAAGUUGAAGAAACAGUUUAAGACGAAAUUACAAAAGUUCUAUUAUUUAUUUAUUUUUUAUUUUUUAAAUUUGGUAGAGAAAUUACAAAAGUUAAUGUCAAGGGAAGGCCAAAAAUUCUCGGACUUUUUCCCUGAACGAAUUUGUUCGGUUCACAGUAGGUGGUAAGAGUUACCUUGCUUAUUAAACGCAAACCAGUUUAAUGCUUGAGCCAGUCCUAAAACAAAGCCAGUUUAAGCCGUUUAUGUCUUUUUCCAGAUACAAAGGAGGUGCAUGAGCUUAAAACGUCCAAACAGCUUAUUUAGGUCCAGGUGAACGUAUUCAUAGAAAUGAAUAUCCCUAGCCUCCUAAGAAGAUGCAAAUCUUGAUUAUUCAGAUUUAUUAUUAUGUUUUCCUAUUGGGACUGUGGGAUACGGUAAGUCUAGGGUACUAUAUCUUUAAAAUACAUGAUCGUACCAUAUAUACGAUGAAAAUUAUUUUAAAGUUGUAGAUCUCAACAUCGAGGCGUCGAGGCUUCCGGUUACCUCUCCUGGGAGGGUAGUUGUUUGCGAGGAGCCCUUCUUGCCACUGGCCCCCCAUGGAGGUCUCCGUAGGUGUCGAAGCCCUCCGACGACUUUCCAUACGGUGCAAUUGCAGCUUUUCCUGAAAGUUGAGCACGAACUUCACUUAAAGGCUCUCCCUUGCUGAGGUGAAGUGACGAGAUGAUGAACCCAAAGAGCCAGGUUGCGGUUAUCCCAUUUUCCGUCACCGGCCACCUAUUGCCCCUCGUCAACCUCGUACGUCGAUUAGCAGCAGAUGCCCCUGAUGUGAUCUUCUCUUUCUUCAACACUGUCAGCUCAAAUAAGACCCUCUUCUAUUCCAGCAAUAAUCAGGCAGAACCCUUACCAUCUAAUGUUAAGGUCUAUGACAUUGCCGCUACCGUCACUUGGGAAGAGGAAACUACAAAGGAACUGAAAUCCCAAAUGGUAGAAGCAUUGGAGCCCUUCUUGGAGGUGGCUAUGGCUAGCUUCGAAGAUGCGAUCAACGCUGUAGUGAAGGAGAAUGGAGUGAGGGUGAGCUGUCUCCUUAUAGAUGGCCUCAUGGCGUUCUCAUGCAAGAUCGCGGAGAAGUUGCAAGCCAAGUGGGUCGCCGUGUGGGUACCGACACCAUCAAUUUUACCGGCUUACAUUUAUAGAGAUCUCCUUGUCCCUCUAUUAAAAGAAAUGGAAGGAGAGGCGAGUUGUGUGGACAUAUCACAAAAGAUCAAGGACUUGGUUCCCGGAUUCUCCACAAUACACUUUGCUGAUUUAACUAAUCGAUUGCGUACACUGGAUCCUGCACCAUCAAUAUAUUUUCCCAUGCUGCGUGAUGAGGUUGGGCAUCUAUUGCCAUGCGCUAAUGCAAUAGUAAUGAAUUCCUAUGAGGAACUGAGCCCUGCUCCUCUUACCUCUGCCCUUAGGUCCAGCUUCCGUCUGCUACUUCAUGUGGGUUGUUUGACCGUAAGAAUUCCACCAUCACUUCCUGCCUCGUCAAGAUUGGACCAGACCGGCUGCUUGGAGUUGUUAGAUAAACAGAAGCCACGGUCCGCGGUCUACAUAAGUUUUGGGACACUAACAUCAUUGACACCGGAAGAGAUGUACAUGCUAUCCGAAGCACUCGAAGAGAAUAGAACUCCUUCCAUAUGGUCAAUCAAGGACCACUUAAAGGUGCACCUGCCACUAGGUUUUGUAGAGAGGACAAGCUCAUAUGGGAAAGUUGUUCCCUGGGCACCGCAAAGCCAAGUCCUCUCGCAUCCAUCAAUCGGUGCACAUAUAACACAUUGUGGGUACAAUGCAGUGUUUGAGAGUAUUGUCGGUGAGGUUCCCAUGAUAUGGAAACCCAUGUGGGCCGAUAACAUGAUUAAUGCAAGAACGGUGGAGGAUGUGUGGGGAAUCGGGGUGAGAGUUGUGGGUUCUAUAAUCACCAAGGAUGAGAUGCUUACAUGCCUGAAGAUGUUGUUAGGAGAUGAAGAAAGAGGAAAGGAACUAAAGGCAAAAAUUAAGGCUGUGAAGGAGGUGUUAAUGGAGGUCGUUGGUCCAAAUGGGAGUGCUUCGAAAGAUUUCAAGAGUUUGGUGGAGCUAAUCUCUACCGAGUGAAGCAGAUUUAAUAUCUUUGUGAUCCAGCCUUGCGUAUUCAACAACACUUAAUUUUCUAAUUUGUUUAAUAAAUGGGGCAAUGCCCUCCCUAAGUGUAUCAACAACUUUCUUGUUUUACCGACAUGGGUUGGUUCGAACAGUUCGACGCUUGUUUUCCAGAAGUAAAGUCUCAGGUUUGAGUCUAGUGAAUGAAGAAAAUCCAUACUGGAGAACUUUACCCUA